UUGAUGCCAGUGAUUAGCUACAUUAAGCGAAGCUAAUAUAGCAUUGUUAAGCUAACGUCACACGGUUAGAGCUGAGGAUACUAUCGUUAUCACUACUGUUUAUUGUUUUCAUUUUUGCACAUACAAUCCUUUAUACAUGUAUAUUGCUAAUUUCUGUCUCCGACACGGGAGCCUAUUUUGCUAGCUGGAGCUAUUACGAAUGAUUUCACAAUAGCAAGAACAGGAUACUGUUACGUUGGCUAGCCCCGCCUCCUUUUCGCCCUCGCUUUUGUUCCCAUGCCAACAGACAACACACAUUCCAAAUUUUCAACGGAUGUCCAGAUAUUGUCACAUUUAUGAGCAAGCUAGCUAAGUUACAUUUAUAACAAACAUUUACAUUUACAUUCAUUCUCACCAAUAACCGAGGACCAUGAAACUGGGAUCCAGCUCCACGAACUCAAGGAGCAGCUCUGAUACCCGCCGGUACCGCACGCGGGCCCCCACCUCUCAGGUGGACGAAACCCUGUUUGGGAGCCCAAAACCGAUAUCAUCACAGUUAGACAAACGUGGAAAAUCAGCCUCCGAGGCCAAGAAUCAGUCCCAGAAGAACCAAGGCGGAGAUGUUGUUCAAAUCAUCACCAAAGACCUCAUUCGCAAUCUCAGGAUCCCAUUUAAGGAUCCUUCGGGAGCGUCCAUCAUUCUGCCAUCAGCUGAGUUUGAGCGGAUCACCUCAAGGUCCCAGUUUCUCACCAAGGAGGAGAAGGAGGCCCUGAAGGAGGCAUAUCAGAGGAAGAAAGAAGAGGAAAUCAAAGCUGUAGAGGAAAGGAAGCGUCAAAUCUAUGAGGCAGACCUGUCCCGUAAGGAGAACCAGGCACUGACUGAGCUGGAGCUAGAGGCCCGGGACCGUGCGCAGCGCUUGGUGGUGCAGGCCAACGACUUAAGGAUGGAGCAAGAGGAUGAGAUCAAACAGCUCAACAAGCUGAUCCUGGAUUCUCAGUGGCAAGCUGCACUUGACGCCCAGAUCCAGGAGAAGAAACAGAUCCAGCAGGAGUUGUCAGAGGAGGAGAAGCGUCUGGAUGCCAUGAUGGAGGUGGAGCGCUGCAAGGCCUUGGAGACUAUGGAGCAGAUUGAUGAGCUGCGCAAACACCAGAGGAUCGGUGGAAUGCAGCAAAUUUACAGCCAGAUCCAGCAACGUCUGGAGGAGAAGCAAGUGCAGGAGGAGAUGAAAGAGCAGGAGAGACAGCAGAUACGAGAGAUCCAGCAGAAAAUGAACCUGGAAGACAUCAAGGGCCUGGAGAAGAAGAGGGAGAAGCAACAGCGUCUGCAGAAGGAGUUCAUGCGUAUCAAUGCCGAGACCGUGCGGGCCAAGGAGCAGAGGAGAGAGGAGGAGAAGCUGGCUGAGAUGAGAGAUAUGGAAUACACCCGAAACAAACUGGAGCGGGAGGCAGAAUAUGAAGCAGAGCAGAGACGAAUCAAGAAGGAAAAGGAGUUGGAGAUUGCCAGACUGAGGGCCCAGCAAGAAAAAGCAAAAGACUACAAGGCAGAGCAGGAUGAGCUCCGUGCUCAGAGGAACAAAGAAAUUGCAGACAGAGAAUGGAGGAAAAAAGAGAAAGAGCUGGCUUCAAAGAAAGUGCAGGAGGAAGCGAUGCUGAGGGCGGCUCGCUUGAAGCAGGUUCACUGCAAAGAGAACUUCCUGUUGAUCGAGGCCGGCCGGGAGAAGGCAGAGUUUGAGAGGGUGCUGAAGGUGCAACAGGAAGCGAUCAUCAAACAGGAGGAAGAGGAGGAGAAGCAGCGUCAGAAAGCGCGCCGUCACGCAGAGGCCAUCCAAAAUCAGGUGAAGGAACGUGAGCUCUCAGCCAUAGCUAAGCGCAGAGAGACCUUUAAGGAGGCCGAUCGGUUGGUCGAGGAAGCCCGGCAGAGACACAUGCGCCUCAGUAAGAUCAAGGAGAAGAAGCUGAUGGAGCUCCAGGCUACAGGGCUCUCUGAAAAGUACUGCACUGAAGUGGAAAGGAAGGCCCGGGCCCGCAUACUCUGAUUCACUCGCAACUGGAUUCAAAUGGUGUGAAGCCAUUACGUUUUACAGGGCCUCAUUUAAGAAGGAAGAAACGUUUCAAGUACUAUUGUAACUUGAACAUAUAUAAGAAUUUACCAAUAAAGGUUUCCCUUGCACUUUCA